GUGGGUUACCCUCUAUCUUUUCUUGUGAAAUUACUAGAAAGCUUCCAGUUUAUGAAAUACAGCAAGCAAAGGGCAUUCUCCUUGACGCAGCUUAUCGCGACAACACAAGAAAGGCGUUGGUGUUUCACAGAGAACGUGCCUUCUUCAUACUUACUUACAACAAAUCAAAGGAUCACAAGCGCACUCGCCCGUAGACCAAUAGAUCGCGUUGGUAUAUUAAUAUAACAGAGUAGGUUACAG